CCCGCGCGCUGUGUCAUGCGCCGAUUCGGACGUCACGUGUCGGUGACGUCACGGUCACGUGCCCCCGCCAUGCUGUCGCGGCUGCUGAAGGAGCACCAGGCCCGGCAGAGCGAGCGGCGCGAGCUGCAGGAGCGGCGCCGAAGGGACGCGAUCGCGGCCGCCACGCGCCUCACAGAGGCCCUGGUCGAUCACCUCAACGUGGGGGUGGCCCAGGCCUACGUGAACCAGCGCAAACUGGACCAGGAGGUGAAGACCCUGCAGGUGCAGGCGGCCCAGUUUGCCCGGCAGACGGGGCACUGGAUCUCCAUGGUGGAGAACUUCAACCAGGCCCUCAAGGAGAUCGGUGACGUGGAGAACUGGGCACGGAGCAUCGAGAUGGACAUGAGGACCAUCGCCACUGCCCUCGAGUACGUCUACAAGGGGCAGCUCCAGCCCUCCUCCUGCUCCUGAGGGACCCCCGGGACCCCCAGCACCGUGGCUGCUCCCGGCACAGGACAGGGGUCCGACAGCAGCAGCUCCUGGAGCAUCCCCGGGACCCCCCGCCCUGGGAGUGGGUGGAAUAAAGUGUGGGGAGCUCGGGGGGGGGGAGCUGGGCCAGGCACCGGCAGGACCCUGGUACAGCCCCCCCGGGUCCCCCUAAGCCCCCUCAUCCUCCUUAGUGCUUAA